AUGAUUUUAUAAAUAUUUAUUUUGUUAACUUAAUUAUUCAAUUCAUCUGUGUAAAUUGUUCCAUUAAAAAAACUCUUUGGAUUUACGACACAACAAAAAUCCAAACCAGUAUAAAUGCCUUUCGUUGAAAGAUUCGUACAAAUUCGUAAUUUUGUUAUGAACGUUUGUCUCGUCGAGGCCAUACAAUUCGUCCAGGACCUAACCCAUGCUAUUUGUUUGGACUUUCAAGGCCUCUUCAAUCUCAAAUAGAGCUGGCGAACUGGUUCGCUCAUCUCAUCAAUCGCAGUGUUGCUCAGGAGCAACACACCCCACACACACACAUACGCACACACGAACACCCAAACACAUACACACG